CAAAUAGCGCACGACACUUAUGACCUUUCACCCCAACCGCGACUAUAGCCAAUCCUAUAGCAGCGCUGUGAGCAACGCGAAGUGUGGCGCGCCGGAACGUAAGUUCUAUAUAGUGCCGUCAUCACGACCUCGAGUUGAGACUAGAUAAAACAGGGAAGACGGAGUGUCUGCGAUGGCCGCCAAGAGUCUGCCAAAGCAUGUUGUGCUCUGUCCUGUUGCUCUUGAACAACAAAGCAUACCACAGUACGAAAUAUUAGGGGUCUGCAGAAGUGUUUCGGAUUACGAAAAGUUAAACCGUGUUGGUGAAGGCACGUAUGGGAUUGUAUAUUGUGCUAGGGAUCUGAGGAGUGGUGAAGUAGUGGCGCUGAAAAAGAUACGAAUGGACAGAGAGAAGGAAGGGCUACCUAUAUGUAGUGUAAGGGAGAUCGGUCUCCUCAUGAAGCUCAAACAUAGGAACAUUGUAGAACUGCGUGAUGUUGUGGUAGGAAAAGAUCUGGAUAAUAUGUUUUUGGUGAUGCAAUAUUGUGAGCAAGACAUUGCAUCUCUAAUAGACAACAUGAAAGUCCCAUUUACAGAGUCUCAAGUAAAAUGCAUUAUGAUACAGCUCUUAGAUGGACUUGAGUAUCUGCAUCAGAAUUACAUCAUUCAUCGUGAUCUCAAAGUGUCUAACUUACUUCUAACUGACAAAGGCUGUCUUAAAAUUGCUGACUUUGGACUAGGUCGAUGCAGCGGGUAUCCAUCAAAGCAACUUACCCCUACUGUGGUUUCUCUUUGGUAUAGGGCACCCGAGUUGUUGUUUGGGUUAUCAACCUACACAUCAGCACUUGAUAUGUGGGCAGCUGGUUGUAUUUUUGGAGAGCUGUUAAGCAACAAGCCAUUACUUCCUGGAAAAUCGGAGCAGCAGAUGAUAGAUCUAAUCAUUAAACUGUUGGGAACACCUAAUGAAUCAAUAUGGCCAGGAUACUCAUUGCUUCCUAUGGCAAAGCAGAUUAUACUUCAAACGCAGCCUUACAACAAUCUCAAACAAAAGUUUCAUUGGCUCUCUGAUGCAGGAAGUUUACUCUUGAAUGAUCUUCUUACUUAUGAUCCUGAAAAAAGAAGUACAGGCAGAAAGUCAAGAAAGAGUUUGUAUUUCAGGGAGAAGCCUCUACCAAUAGAGCCAGCAAUGAUGCCUACCUACCCACAUUUAAGAAACACCACCCCACAAGUUCACAGAAAACUACCAGCAGAAAAGCAACCAAUGGGCAAAAUCAAAGUUUAAAGUUUAGAAUACUGAAUCUUCAUUUUAUCUGCGUUUAGUACUUUGGCAUAACUUAAAAACAACAAACAAAUAAUUGCUGGUGGAACACAAAACUAAUUGUCCACUGUUCUAGUUUCUCUUUUCGAUGAACUGUAUGAAAGAGAAUAAUCGUACUAUGCAACUUAAAGAUUCACCACUCACUUUCCUUUUGAUGAAGUGCCAAGAAUCCUUGCCCUGCAUAAAAAUAGGUUUUAAACCCCACUGCACUCUUGUAGUAGGUGGAUAAUUAACCAUCGUGGUGCAUGCGCAGCGAGGGUUAUAGUACUUGGUUUGUCUGUCCGUCUGUUACCACGUUUUCUGCCACCACGCGCAACAAACAGGUAAAAGAGCGACAUCAACGAGUUCAGCGCUACACUGGCUUUAUUUUCAAAAUGGCGAUUUCGUAAAAUUCAGAAGUUAUGGCGUGAAAAUCAAGUGAACAAGCCAAUAUGCAAAUUAGCACAGGCUUAUAUACCUAGACCGGGACCGCUUUCUCUGCGCAUCUUGAAGGCACAAGAAUGUUCCGCAGAAACACCCGCAGUAGGCGUGGUAUUAUACCGUGGUAACGGAUUGCGUCAUCAUUUUCGGACCAUAUUUGGGCACGGUUGUGCACAUGAGACAAUUAUAGUAAUGCACAGGUAUUGCCACUCCAUUGUGUGUAGUCUAAGACUUCCAUGUUUGCUCCAAUAACCAGUUUUGCAAUGCUGGUGUUCUACAGAAAUUGUCGUAACACUCUUAGAACAAACUCGUGUGUGUAAAAUUGGCAACCAUUAUUAUAGUUCUUGUGUGGGAGGCAAGUAAUGUCGUUUGAGGUAUGUACGUAGCCAUCAUCCACUGUACUACUGCAUCAUAGUCUCAGUCAUCCUUGUCUAGUCUCCUUGGUUCUUAUAUCACCUUUAUAUUAUUAUUUUUUAUUAGCAUUUUCCCAAGAUAAGAGAAGAAUAUAGGGUAUAAACUGCUCGAAACUCAGAUCAUUCAUAAAUGCAUUGCAUGCUGAAAAGCUGAGCAAGAAUGCAUUUACAACAACAUGCAUAAAGUUGGCUUUUGGGGUGACACACACUUGAUUGUCUCUUAUAUACAGACACUACACUUUACAUGUAGGUAAGAGAAUUGAACGUCAUGCAUCACGGUGCAUACACCUUGCAGUCGCAUAUUCUGCUUCCCUCUGUGCUAAUGAUUUAUACUCAGCUUCAACUGAUGAUUUUUCAGUAGAUGUAGUGUCACCCGCUGGUCUCUUCAGAAUUUUCACCUGUACAAGAGAGUCUUGAGUACAACUAAUGCAAGAGCUAUAAACAGAAAAAGUUGGCAGGGCCAGCAGCUGAAAGCACCUCUAAGAGGCAGACACCAGUCUAGCGUUAAAAAAAUCAGUGAUUGGCCACACAAAAAGGGCUAGUUCUACUAGUAGGUAGAAAACCAGAAUGGCGAGUG